AUGGAGGACGGACCUGGUCAGCAAGACAGACCUAGCCUUCGUCUGGAAAAGCUACAGCACUGGGCCAGGCAGAGGCAGAGUGGGCGCCUCCUGGUGCUGGCGGUGAGCCAGCUGUGGCUGGCAGUGGCUGUGCUGCCCUUUGCUGUCUCGGUAGCCUGCCUGAACUCUGCUUGUCACGUGACCACAGCACUGCCACUUGGGCCUGGCAUACUGGGUCUCCUCACUGGGACUGUUACCCUUGAGCUGCGCAGGGCACCCCGUCUCUGGAAGGUGCGCGCCAUGAUGAUAUUCAACACCUUUAAUCUGAUCUCGGGCUUCAUCGCAUUGGUGGUCGAGGUGAUGAAGACAGCCUUGAUGUCUGCCCCAACUGUCCCCUCCCAGCUAGCCGGCUUGCUGGUGCUGGAGCUCAGCGCUGAGGCCUUCACCCUAGGGGGAGUGCUGGUCUCAGCAUACUCCCUGUUCCUGCUGAGCCAGAGGAAGCCAAGAUGCUGCAGAAGCCGGAGUCUGCGCUACCAGGAGCUACAGGAGGGCCUCUCAGAGUUGGAGGAAGUUCCUGAGUUGGAGACUGGUCCCACAGUGGCUAGCACAGCAAAGAGAACAAAUGAGUGA